AGUGUCAAUACACAAAACAGAAACACAGACACAGCCACUGUUGAGCUGACAAGAGAAGUCGAGUUCGGUUCUUUCUACUCAAAGUAACCUCAAGAGUAGAUACAUUAUUAUCUGCGGGAAAUAUGAGCCAGCCAAUGAAUGCGCGCAUUCAAGCUCUUCCUCCAUCUCUGCUGCAGCCACGAGCCAAGCUUUCUGCUCAGCGGAUCUGUCCCUGCCUAAGGCUGCAAUUGGAGGCUUUUGCACAUUCUAAGCUGUUGAAAACUUCCCUUGUUUCAAGAGAUUCAUUUGGAUGGUCCAAGACGCAAUCUGUAUUUGCGGAGCGAUCAGUCAAGCAUUCAUCAGAAUUAGGAGCACUGGUUACCUCUGGAUCUCAAGAAGUCCCUGCCACUGCAUUUGUUGAUAAUGACAAGAUUGGAGUAUUGUUGCUGAACCUUGGAGGCCCUGAGACUCUAGAUGAUGUACAGCCGUUCUUGUUUAAUCUUUUUGCGGAUCCAGACAUUAUUCGUCUGCCAAGAUUGUUUCGCUUUCUACAAAAGCCUUUGGCACAAUUUAUAUCUGUUGUUAGAUCUCCGAAGAGCAAAGAGGGAUAUGCUUCAAUUGGUGGUGGUUCUCCUCUGCGUCGAAUCACUGAUGCUCAGGCUGAGGAGUUGAGAAAGGCACUAUGCGACAAGAAUGUUCCAGCAAAGGUGUAUGUUGGUAUGCGUUACUGGCAUCCGUUCACUGAAGAAGCUAUUGAACAGAUCAAACGAGAUGGAAUUACAAAGCUUGUUGUGCUUCCUCUGUACCCUCAGUUUUCAAUCUCAACAAGUGGUUCAAGCCUUCGCUUACUGGAGAAUAUAUUCAGGGAGGACGAAUAUCUUGUCAACAUGCAGCACACUGUUAUUCCUUCCUGGUACCAGCGGGAAGGAUAUAUAAAAGCUAUGGCAGAUUUAAUUGAAAAGGAGUUGGAAAAAUUUGACUCCCCUCAGGAGGUGAUGAUUUUCUUUAGUGCUCACGGGGUACCACUUGCGUAUGUCGAGGAAGCUGGUGAUCCGUACAAAGCUGAGAUGGAGGAGUGCGUGGACUUGAUCAUGGAAGAACUGGAAAGGAGAACGAUAAAUAAUGCAUAUACCCUUGCCUAUCAGAGUAGAGUUGGACCAGUAGAAUGGUUGAAACCCUACACAGAUGAGACAAUAAUUGAGCUUGGUCGAAAAGGAGUAAAACGACUUCUAGCUGUCCCAAUUAGUUUUGUAAGUGAACAUAUUGAAACAUUAGAGGAAAUAGACGUUGAGUACAAAGAGUUGGCGCUAAAAUCUGGCAUUGAGCAAUGGGGACGUGUUCCUGCACUUGGCUGUGAACCUACUUUCAUUUCUGAUUUGGCUGAUGCAGUAAUUGAAAGUCUUCCAUAUGUUGGAGCAAUGGCUGUUUCAAACCUUGAAGCUCGACAGUCUCUAGUUCCACUUGGCAGUGUUGAGGAGCUUCUGGCCGCUUAUGAUUCACAACGUAGGGAGCUACCUCCUCCUGUCGUAGUUUGGGAAUGGGGUUGGACAAAAAGUGCUGAAACAUGGAACGGAAGAGCAGCGAUGUUGGCUGUGCUCGUUCUUCUUGUACUUGAAGUGACAACCGGAGAAGGUUUUCUGCACCAGUGGGGUAUAUUGCCCUUGUUCCGAUGACUGAACAAUAUCCCCAGUCUCCGUUCUCUCAACUUGUAUACAAUGCAUUCUGACACAUAUAUACUGCUCUACUAAAUAGUUAGUAAAAAUAUUGGGAGGAAAGUUGAAGAUAUGAUAGUUGACAAAUGAGAUAAAGAUCUUCACAUCAGCAGGCCACUGACAUAGGCUGUCUGAUUCCCUCAGAGGCUUCUGCUCCAAUUUUAAGGGCUUUUGAAGUGCUUGGAUACACUUACGGACUUUUAGCACUUGGUUUGAAAUGAGUGGAAGAUGAGGAGUUGGGGAAGAUAAGGAAAUGAGAAGUUUAGAGAGUUUUGUAUUAGAAUAAAAAUGAAAAAAGAUCACGGUUCAGUGAUUUCGAGUGGAAGAGGAGUUGGCGAAGAGAGGGAAAUGAGAAGGUGAGGGAGAAUUUUGAUUUAGAAUAAAAAUGAAAAACGAUCCUGAUUCAGAGAUUAUUACCUUCCACUAUAUUAUUAAAGGUCUUUCUAGCAUAUCCUGUUUGCCAUUUCCUUCUUUUGGUUCUAGGCCUGAAUGUUAGAUUGCUGUAAAGUUCAUUGUUUCCCCCUUGUUCUUUUUUCUUCUUAAAUUUUGAUACCAAAAGAACAGAAAUAUUAUACCUUUGUUUUCUUCUGUACUUGGCUUAUAUGUUUAUGCUCUUGUAUCAGCAGUACAUAAGUUUGCAGGGAAUGCAACACCCAUGCUUGAUUUUCUCAUAAUGGUUCUACUUCACUUUAAUGAAAAAUAUGGAUAUGGUGGAUGGAUUUUGGACA